AUUGUGGUCCCAGCACAACAGAUUCUAUUCAAUGCAUUAUAAUCCCCCAGUGAGGUUCACACUAUGCAAUGUGUACAUGCACACUAGAGAGUAGACGGUAUUUCACAGGUUUAUGACUUCCCUGUUAGUCAACGCUCGGUCAGUCUGAUUGACACACGUGGCUCUACACAGUGCGUAAAAAGGUCGCGAGGAAUGAAAUCAGGUCACUUAUCACCCAUUGAGCCCGGAGAGAUAGGAAUGAAUACACGCCUCGGCGUCUUCGCCGGUAUAUGACUGAAGACGGUGUCACAGUUAACCAGGAACGGCUAAUGUCCUCAAAGCUUCGCCAGGAUGACCUACAUAUGCGUCACCACAACCCGAUCGUCCAACGUAUAGCAUUUCUUAGAGGAGCCCACUACUCUCGCGAUGGCGAGUCCAUGGAAUAAAUGGUGGCGUCUGUUGUGUCUUGGAGUAUCUGGAAUAAUUCUUAUCUUUAUCUUCCAUUUUCUUCACUAUUCAAGAGUGAUUGAUCCACGGGUCACACCUCAUCAUGAAGCACGUGUCAUUCCAGACACUCAGCCCAUGCCGACACAGGUCAAGAUGACCCAUGCGCCCAAACUCGAGACUGGCGUGUACCGUUGGAAACAAGGCAAAUGGGUUCUGAUUCCAGGAUUCUGUUCUGCAGUGAACAAGUUUAGUUCUGCCCAACUCCGAACCCCGGUCGGUACUAUCAAGAUGUACAUUCAUAACGUUAAAGACGACAUCCAUGUGUCAGGGUCAAUUCAGAGAUCUGGAAUGUGGGAAUCUCCAGGAGUUAACACAAUGAUCUCAAUACUAAGGGACAGUGCAGAUAUGGGAGUCCUUGACCUUGGAUCUCAACUAGGGACGUAUUCCUUGACGGCUGCGUUGAUGGGACGUCGUGUUGUUGCUGUGGACCCGCUUGUUGAGAACGUCAUGAGACUGUGCGCAACUGCACAGGAGGCGAAAUUGGCGGAUCGGAUCACUAUUUUAUUUGCAGCUCUCUCGGAUGACUAUAGAACUGUCACCUUCAAGCGUGAAAAAGCAAAUAUAGGAGGUACCGUUAUCAAACAAGUCCCGAACGCAACGUUUGACAUCAACGACAACUACAAUCCAGAUUUCAUCUCGACUGUUCGUCUGGACGACAUCUUGCAGUUUGUUGACUUCCCCAAAGCCUUCAUCAAGGUUGAUGUGGAGAACCAUGAAUAUGAGGUUUUGAAAGAAGGGAAGCAAUUGUUUUCUAAAAUUGAUAUCCGUGAUAUUAUGAUGGAAUGGUUUCAAAUAAAAAGGACUCCAAAUGGCCCCAAAAUAAGGGAUUUCCUUGUUAACAAAAAUUUCAAGCCCAUGACGAUGAGCAGAGUGAGGACGUUGUCGCCCGCAAGCUAUAUAACAUGGCCGAAUGAUAUACUCUGGGUUAAACAGUGACUACUCUAACCAAACGGAUGAUACGAUGGACAUCUGGAAUAUCGUCUUCUUGCCUUAGGGACCGACAAUUAAUUGAUUAAGGGGUGGGGGAUGGGGAAUUUAAUCGAAGAAAAGUGUAUUACAUUGUUGCAAUGUGUUUUUCAUUAAAAACUUUUCAGAAAACUAUUCAGGCUCAUAGUUAAAACUUUAAUUUUUUUUAUCUGCUUUUGAGGAUAUAGCUGAAAACAAUAUUGAAUCUCCACACAAAAGCCCAGCCAGACCCCCUUCCAGUGUCAGUAUCAGUGCCCGGUAUGGACUAGAGUCAAUGACGUCCUCUUAGACAAGCUGAGCCUUCGGAGCCCUGUAUGGACUAGAGUCAAUGGCGUCCUCUUGGACAAGCUGAGCCUCUCGGAGCCUCGUAUGGACUAGAGUCAAUGGCGUCCUUUGAGACAAGCUGAGCCUUCGGAGCCCUGUAUGGACUGGAGUCAAUGGCGUCCUCCUAAACAAGCUGAGCCUCUCGGAGCCCUGUAUGGACUAGUGUCAAUGGCGUCCUCCUAAACAAGCUGAGCCUCUCGGAGCCCUGUAUGGACUAGUGUCAAUGGCGUCCUCUUAAACAAGCUGAGCCUCUCGGAGCCCUGUAUGGACUAGUGUCAAUGGCGUCCUCCUAAACAAGCUGAGCCUCUCGGAGCCCUGUAUGGACUAGAGUCAAUGGCGUCCUCCUAAACAAGCUGAGCCUCUCGGAGCCCUGUAUGGACUAGUGUCAAUGGCGUCCUCCUAAACAAGUUGAGCCUCUCGGAGCCCUGUAUGGACUAGUGUCAAUGGCGUCCUCCUAAACAAGCUGAGCCUUCGGAGCCCUGUAUGGACUAGAGUCAAUGGCGUCCUCCUAAACAAGCUGAGCCUCUCGGAGCCCUGUAUGGACUAGUGUCAAUGGCGUCCUCCUAAACAAGCUGAGCCUCUCGGAGCCCUGUAUGGACUAGAGUCAAUGGCGUCCUCCUAAACAAGCUGAGCCUUCGGAGCCCUGUAUGGACUAGAGUCAAUGGCGUCCUCUUAGACAAGCUGAGCCUCUCGGAGCCCUGUAUGGACUAGAGUCAAUGGCGUCCUCCUAAACAAGCUGAGCCUUCGGAGCCCUGUAUGGACUAGAGUCAAUGGCGUCCUCUUAGACAAGCUGAGCCUUCGGAGCCCUGUAUGGACUAGAGUCAAUGGCGUCCUCUUGGACAAGCUGAGCCUCUCGGAGCCCUGUAUGGACUAGUGUCAAUGGCGUCCUCUGAGACAAGCUGAGCCUCUUGGGGCCCUGUAUGGACUAGAGUCAGUGGCGUCCUCUUAGACAAGCUGAGCCUUCGGAACCCUGUAUGGACUAGUGUCAAUGGCGUCCUCUUAGACAAGCUGAGCCUCUCGGAGCCCUGUUUGGACGAGAGUCAAUGGCGUCCUCUCAGCCAAGUUGAUUCUAUAUAUAACAUCCUAUGAUUGGUUUACUACGACUUGUGUGCUUUGCAUGGCAUUUCGUUGUUAGUUAUAUGAAUGAGUGGUAUGAAUAAACAUAUUUUUCUCUU